AUGCGACCUAAUAAAAGUGUGUUUGAUGGCAACAAACUAACGGCCGCUGCUGAUAACCCCGGACCUGAAGAAGGGUCGGGUCCGCAAGGGUUGUUCGCCAAGCUUCGUCAAGAUGCUCCAGUACCCCCGGCAGUUUCUUUACUCGCAAGUUCUGAAACGGUAAGUGGGAAGACGGGUGGAAAGAAAAGAGGCUCUCAUUCAAAGAGGACAGACGUGGCAGGCAUCGGGCAAGAUCUAGUUUUAAAGCAAAAGGACCGAGGUGUAAAGCAAAAGGACCGAGGUGUAAAGGAGAAGGGUCUGGGUAUAAAGGAGAAGGAUCUCGGUGUAAGGGAGAAGGAUGAUAUACUUGAGGGCUCGAAAGCACCCAGAUCCUGCUUGGAUUUGAUCGAUGACCUUGGGAUUGAAUCAGUAGAAGGAGGCACCGGAGGCACUGUCUUUCUACAUCCGUCAGUACCGCGGACUUUGGACGCUUUUGCCACGGCUCUUAUUUACGUGCCUCGAAGGUUCGUCAAAAACGCAAAGGAGGAAUUCGGCAACAUCGUAGCCUUACUGCUAGAGAAUCAGGAAGAUGGUCGCAUCCAAUGGGUGGCUGGGCUGAAGCGAGUCUGUGGCUGUAACCAGAAGGUUCCGCCCUGUUCUUCCUUUGGAGUAUCUCAGUACUUGUGGCAUCGAAGUCUACAACAACAAAGUUCGUGGGUGGUGAGGAGAGUCAUCCAUGCGGCAGAAAGGAGCUGUCCACCGGUGGGAAGGAUUGUGCUAACGUUCAUCAACCAAGCCUCAGAAGACACGACCCAUAGGAAUGGAACUACGGAUAAUGCUAAGUCGUGGAGUGCGGCAGCUAUACCCGUUUUAAGAAGCAUUUUAAGAGGCAGCUGCGUCUAUCCAGGACUAGAGGGACGAGUUAUUGCCAGUGGCUCCGUGUCCAGGUACCGGGUCAAGGACAUAUAUAUGGCCAACGAGAUUUUAUCAGGGAACUUACCAGAAAGCUCUCUUAGCCCUUCAGUUACCUCGGGGCCUUCAGUCACGCCGGAAAUAGGAUACAUCGGAUUGAGUGAUGUCUUCCAUUUGCAGCUGGAGGAAAACGUACCUCCCUCUACCCUGAUUGGCUCUAGGCUAGUGGAUAGCUCCCAGUUGGCGGACAUCAGAAAGGUUGGUUUUGGCCGGAUUGGAGGGAUGAAGAAAUUAAUUGAGAUGUUGGAGAAGGUGCUGAUACGACCAUUGGUAGAACCGGAGAAGUUUAUUGAUGAGCGCGGGGGCUUGAGGGGAAUUCGGCCGACGAAGGGCAUCUUGCUGUAUGGUGUUCCUGGGACAGGUAAGUCAUACUUUUGUAGAGCUAUCCAGGAGGAGCUUAGAAUGAGGUGGUCGCAGAAACUUAUUCGACCUCAGGGGUUUCAGGGUGUCGAGGUGAUCAUGGUCACCGCCUCCCAGAUCAGAGAGGCAGCUGACUUGCGAAAUAUUUUCGAGGCUUGUAGCGGAAGGUUUCUAAACGAGAAAAAGUUGACUUUGUUAAUUUUCGACGAAAUUGACGCCCUGUGUCCCAAACGGCAGGAACCAUCGGGAGAAGCACAAAUUGGCAUUGUAAACACUAUGCUUACUUACCUGGAUGGACCUCUAAGCAGUUGGAGCACCUUUGCUCUGGCCACGACCAACAGACCCAAUGCUCUGGAUGAGGCGCUUCGAAGACCUGGACGUAUCGACAGAGAAGUGGAGCUAACUGUACCAUCGUUAGACGACCGGAUUGAAAUACUUAAAAACACAUUGAUUCGCUAUAACUGCAUAUCCCCAAGCAAAAAGUUGCAGCCUGGGAGCGAAGAUUUUGCGGGCCAAGAUCAGGACAAGGAGUGGAGUGAUGAAAGGCUACGUCAACUUUGCCUAAAGGCUAGUGGAUUCGUGCCAAGUGACAUCGAUAACUGGGUCCGAGUUGCAGCGGAGGAGGCAUUAUUUUCGGAUGUCGGAUCGGAUGGCGCCAUUGUAACGUAUGAGAUAUUGGACGGAGCUACGAAGCAAGUUCGUCCGUCCGCACUCAAGGAGCUUUCCAUAGAGAUUCCGCAUGUUCAGUGGGAAGACAUUGGUGGGUAUGAAGACGUCAAGCAGCUGUUGAAGGAAAGUGUUGAGUGGCCGUUGCGCUACAAACACGUGUUCGACAAACUUGGUUUAAAAGCGCCGAAAGGAAUUUUGUUGUACGGGCCUCCUGGGAACAGCAAGACCGUGCUAGCCAAGGCGGUUGCCACCCAGAGCCACAUGAAUUUCAUAUCCGUGAAAGGUCCUGAGAUUUUUUCCAAGUGGGUUGGUGAAAGCGAAGAGCGCGUGCGCGAUAUAUUUCGAAAAGCCCGCCAAUAUGCUCCAACCGUAAUCUUCUUUGAUGAAAUAGACUCGUUGGGCAUUGACCGAAGUCAGUCGGCGGACAGCGGCAGCGGGGUCGAAGCCAAAGUACUGAGCCAGAUCCUCAACGAAAUGGACGGCAUUGGUGCCGCCGCCGAGGUCGUGGUUCUUGGCGCAACGAACCGGCCGGAUGCUCUCGACGCGGCUUUGCUGCGUCCCGGCCGAUUCGACAAGCUCGUUUACGUCUCGCUUCCCGACGAAAUUGCCCGCGAAAGGAUUUGGACCAUCUACCUUUCCGGCCACGGCAAGUUCAGCGAGCCCGAAGACUUCAAAGAACUAGCCCGACAUAGUGGCGGCUUUAGCGGCGCCGAGAUUGAAGCGAUGUGCACCUCUGCGCGAAUGAACGUCGCUAGAUACGCCAUUCUUCACAACCAACAGUCUAUCCAGCUCACUCUGGCCGACGUGAAACAGGUGCUAGAGACCACCAAACCUCGAACCACCUCCAACUUGCUACAGUACUACCAAGGAUUCGCAGAAUCACAUUAA